CCGUAGCCCGGCCCACAGGCCUGGCUCUAACCUCGACCUUGUCCUCUGGGCCCACUUCUGCCUGCAGCCCCCGCGCUGAGCCCACCUUAACGUCCUCCGCAGCCAAGCAGGAGAAAACUAGAAUUUUGCCGCCUGGAGGAGGUCUUACAUAGUAGAAACUCCAGUACCAAAACCCCGCCCGGCCCGUGGCGGAGAGCUGAAAUGACGUCAGCGGGGCGCCCAUCAUUCUGUGACGCCAGCUGUGAGCGCCUGAGAGGCUUUUUGCCUUUCAGAGUUAGGGCCUCUCUGUCGUUGCAGGAAAAUAAUUUCCGCCUUUUGCAUCCACGUUGGCUCCGUCCCCAGGGUCCUUCCGGUUCAGGGACCUGGCGAUUUCUGAGUUCGGAAUCCCAGUAACCCUGUUUAAAGAGGAAUGGAGAUUGCCACUGUCCGUUUAGAUUAAUGAGGUGUCCUGAAGUGAUGUUGGCAUCAAUGAAAGGAGGGUUCUGGCACUUUCUCAUCUCACAAGAUGGCAGCUGUUGAUUUGUCCCAUGGACAUUAUCUUUCUGGGGACCCAGUUUGCCUUCAUGAGGAAAAGACACCAGCAGGAAGGAUAGUGUCUGACUGCCUAACAGAUUGUUAUCAGGAUUCGGUGACCUUCGACGAUGUGGCUGUGGACUUCACCCAGGAGGAGUGGACUUUACUGGACCCAACUCAGAGAAGCCUCUACAGUGACGUGAUGCUGGAGAACUACAAGAACCUGGCCACAGUGGGAGGCCAGAUCAUCAAACCCAGUCUGAUCUCUUGGUUGGAACAAGAAGAGUCUAGGACAGUUCGGGGAGGAGUUCUCCAAGGAUGGGAAAUGCAGCUUGAAACCCAAUGGUCUACACUUGAGCAGGACUUUUUGACGGGUCAGACAUCCAUCGGGAUACAAUUGGAGGGAAAACACAACGGAGGGGAACUCUGUGAGCAGUGCGGAGAAGUCUUCAGUGAACACUCAUGCCUUAAGACGCACAUGAGAACUCAGAGUACAGGGAACACUCAUGAGUGUAAUCAGUAUGGAAAAGAUUUCCUUACUCUGCAUGAGAAAACCUCUACUGGUGAGAAGUUUAAUCAGAGUGAAAAAAUCUUCAACCUGACACCAAAUACUGUAUACCAGAGAACUAGCACACAAGAAAAGUCAUUUGGAUGUAGUCACUGUGGCAAGUCCUUCAUUAAUGAGUCAUACCUUCAGGCACAUAUGAGAACUCACAAUGGAGAAAAACUCUAUGAAUGGAGGGAUUAUGGGCCAGGUUUUAUUGACUCCACAAGCCUUUCUGUGCUUAUAGAAACCCUCAAUGCAAAAAAGCCCUACAAAUGUAAGGAAUGUGGAAAAGGCUAUAGGUACCCAGCCUACCUCAGUAUUCACAUGCGAACCCACACUGGGGAGAAACCGUAUGAAUGUAAGGAAUGUGGGAAAGCCUUCAAUUAUUCCAAUUCAUUUCAGAUACAUGGAAGAACUCACACUGGAGAGAAACCCUAUGUGUGUAAGGAAUGUGGGAAAGCCUUCACUCAGUACUCGGGCCUUAGUAUGCAUGUACGAUCGCACAGUGGAGACAAGCCCUACGAAUGUAAGGAAUGUGGGAAAUCCUUCCUUACAUCCUCACGCCUUAUUCAACAUAUAAGAACUCACACUGGAGAGAAACCUUUUGUAUGUGUUGAAUGUGGUAAAGCCUUUGCAGUUUCCUCAAAUCUUAGUGGACAUUUGAGAACUCACACUGAAGAGAAGGCCUGUGAGUGUAAGAUAUGCGGGAAGGUAUUUGGGUAUCCCUCAUGUCUUAAUAAUCACAUGCGAACGCACAGUGCCCAGAAGCCAUACACCUGUAAGGAAUGUGGGAAGGCUUUUAACUAUUCCACCCACCUUAAAAUUCACAUGCGAAUCCACACUGGAGAAAAACCCUAUGAGUGUAAACAGUGUGGAAAGGCCUUCAGCCAUUCCAGUUCAUUUCAAAUACAUGGAAGGACUCACACUGGAGAGAAGCCCUAUGAAUGUAAGGAGUGUGGGAAAGCCUUCACGUGUUCCAGUUCCUUUAGAAUUCAUGAAAAAACUCACACAGAAGAGAAACCCUAUAAAUGUCAGCAGUGCGGGAAAGCUUACAGUCAUCCCCGUUCACUUCGAAGACAUGAACAAAUUCACUAGUGAGAAACUCUGUCCAUGUAAUACAUGUGGGAAAGCUCUCAUUUGUUCCAGUUCACUUCAAAGACAUGAAUGAACUCACGCUGGAGAGAAGAAAGUCUACGAAAAUUACUUAAUUCCUGUAACGCCAGCACUUUGGGAGGCUGAGGUGGGCGGAUCACUUGAGGUCAGGAGUUUGAGGCCAAUCUGGCGAACCCUGGCUCUACUAAAAAGACAAAAAAUUUAGCCAGGUAUGGUGGUGGGUGCCUGUAAUCCCAGCUACCUUGGGAGGCUGAGGCAAGAGAAUCGCUUGAACCCGGGAAGCAGAGGUUGCAGUGAGCAGAGAUUGUGCCACUGCACUCCAGCCUGGGCGACAGAGUGAGACUCCAUCUCAAAAAAAAAAAAAAAAUUAUUUGCUUAAAUUGAGUCUGUUAGGGUACAUCCCUAAUCCAAUCUGACUGGUGUUCCUAUAAGAAGAGAAAGACACAACUGGGAUGACAAAUGGAGAAGAUGAUGUGAAGUCAUGAGAUGAUAGCCAUCUGCAAGCCAGAGGGCCAGGACAGUUCCUUCUAUCAAGGCCACCAGCCCUGCUGGCACCUUCAUCUUGAGCUUCCAGAACUUUGAGCAAAUAAACUUCUCUUGUGUGAGAAAACACCCAGUCUGUGGUGUUUUGUUGUGGCGGCUCUAGCAAGUGAAUCAGUAAGCAAUAAGCAAAAACGUUUAUAGUUUGUCCAAAAGCCUUAAUAUUCACAUGCAAAGCCAUGCUGGAGAGAAACUGUAUGAAUGUAAGACAUGGGAAAGCCUUCAUUGAGUCUUCAGUCCUUUCUACAUACAGGAGGAAUUACAUAGGAGAGAAAUUGUAUGAAUGUAAGGCACAUGAAAAAGCCUGUGAAUGUUCACUCUAUUUUAAUAUUCACAUGCAAGUUGUCUGGAUAUAGACCGUAUGAAAAUAGAGGGGAAAAAAGGAAAGAAAGUUUCUUUUACUGUGAAAGUAAGGAAUGUGACCCAAUACACCAUAUUGGAACUUGGAGUGGACCGAAACCCCAUUAGGAUUGUGGAAAAGCUUACGUUAAUGUUUUCUACCUUCUAGAAGGUAUAAGAAGUCAAACUGGAGAGAAGCCUUCUACCUGUAAUGCAUGUAGGAAGCCUUACAUUAAUUCCACAGAAAUUUUUUUUUAUAUAUCUAAAAUUACCUCAAAACCCUGGGAAGGUAAGGAAUGUGGUAUAUCCUUUCAAUAUUUCACGUGCCAUAAUAUUUACCUGAAUUCUCAUAAUACUGUACUGUUUCUUGAGUAGUGUUAGUACUUUAUACUAUCAAAAUAAUCCUAAAUCCUCCCUCUCAGACCUUCCUUCAUUACUGUAUUUCACUUAUAUGCGUAUACACACACACAAAAUUAGCAUAUGUAAUCUAAUACAUUGUAGCUGUUUUUCAGAAGUUACCUGUUAGAUCAAUUAAGAAUUAGAAAAAUAAACAUUGUUAUUUUACUUCACUUCUAUGCUCAAAGUUGGAUGUAAUUCUUAUACUUGAUCCUCAAAACUUAAAGCAUUUUCCCCCUCAGGCUUCUGUGAAAAUUUUUGUUAUCUUUGAUAUUCUGUUAUUUUUUUUUAUUUUUAUUUUUUGAGACGGAGUCUCGCUCUGUCGCCCAG